AUGCCGUUACCACGAGAGCCAUUCACCAUCCAUGGUGGUUGCAACUGCAAAGCCAUCCGAUAUCGCAUAUCUGUCCCGCCUCAUAAAGACCGAGUCUUGAGCCCUUAUUGUACGCCAGGAGGCGACAUCGGCGAUCAUCGUCUACCAGUGACCCAAAUAUGCCACUGCAAUGACUGUCGCCACGCCACCGCGCAGCUUCCGUCGUUCAUUCUGAUGGCCCUUACCUCAAGCGUUCAGGUGUCUGCAGCCCCAACAUUAGCAGACAUCGAAGCGCUCGGCAACGAACACACCUGGACUCCGGGCACUGAGAUGUUCGACCACACAAACACAGUUCACAAAGAAACAUGGUUAGGGCUUUACAAAUCAACACCAGUGCGCAGUCGUUGGUUCUGCAAGCGCUGCGGUGUACAGAUCGCUUAUAACCUUGACGCCGGGUCUGUACCCGAGGAAUGGGGAUGGCCUGUCAUGGUCAACUUUUGCCUAGGCACGGUCGACCGCGAGUAUUUAGAGAAGGAUUAUAUGAAGCCGGACCAUGCUAAUUGGACGGCCCUUGGGAUCCCGUGGGUGCGUGACUUGGUCACAAAGGGCCGUGUUGACGAGCAUCCGCUGUUCGCGCUGGAUCGUGGGAUGGGAGAUGAUAUUACGGCGGAUGUGGAGGAGCUGGAGGGGCUGGGGCUUACUAUCAAGAGUAAGAUAUCCAUUGUGGACAAUUAG